GCCUGUCUGACCCAGCAUGCAAAGACAGACUUUCCACCAGUGGAUUUAUUCUGCCCGAAGCGUGUCAUCGGUGCUGUGAGUUUGGAGCAUAUUGUUACAGCUUUUGCUAAUUUAUGAAGUUAUUUGGAGUUUUGAGUUUCGUUUUUUGACAUAAUGCCACCUAAGAAAAGUAAGGGAAAUAAGAAAACGCAUGAUGAUGACGACUUUGAAGAGAAACCGAAGAGCAAAAUUACCGAUGAAAAUGAACAGGUAAAUUCCAAAGUCUCGAAAACAUCAAAGAAAAAAGGUAAAGGAAAAGGCAAAAAAGAUGAUUGGAGUGAAGAUGAGGAUGUCGUAGAUAUUAAGAAGAAAGGAAAAGAUUCUGAUGAGGAAGACGAAAUACCUCAGCCAGCUAGGAAGGACAAAAAAUCUAAGACACAGAAAAAGGUUAGUGAUGAAAGCGACAUUGAUGAAGACGAUGGUGUGUCUGCGAAAGGUAACAAACAGAAAGCACAAGCUUUUGAUAGUGAUGAUGAUGUUUCCUUCAAAACAAAUAAGAAGGACAAAAGAGCAAAAACUAAAAAGAAAGGUGAAAAUGAAAGUGUUGAGAAUGGUGUGAAAGGUGUUGGAGAUACUAGCAAGCAGGCAAAACCAAUUUCAAAAAAGAAUCAGAAAAGCAGAGGCAAGAAAGAUGAGUGGAGUGAAAAUGAAGAUGAUGACAAUAAAGAUUUUUUGAAAAGAUUAUCUGAAUCAGAAGAUGAACUUCCAGUUGCUCGAGUGACUAAGAAAGAUAAAAAGAAAGUGAAGAACAAAAAGAAAAUUGAAGUAACAGAAAGCAAUGAUUCUGAAUCAGAAGUGAGUGAUCAAUUGAAUGAUUCUGAGAGUGAAAAUGAAGCACUGUCUAAAACAUCAUCAAAAGGAGCAAAGACAGAUAACAAAAAUAAGAGCAGCAAUGUAGAUAACAUUGAUGAAAUAACUGAAAGAGUGGAAAAAGUGGAGUUGCAAGAACAUUCUGAUUCUAGUAGUAAAAGAAAUGUUAGUGAGAAACAGAAAUCCGUGAAGUCAAAGGACACUCGAGAAGUUGAUAUUUUGGAUAAUGAAAGCAGUAAUAAAAUAAAGCCAGCUAUCAAGUAUCAGAAGCCUGUGAAAAGUAAAGAAUCAUCUCCAGCAGAGGAAGAUGAAGACAUUCCAGAAAAAGAUAAUACAGAAAUGCCAGAUGCUGGUGAUGGUACACCAGGAUCUGCUGUGAAGAAAUUGACUCAUAAGGAAAAGAAAAAGUUAAAGAAACAGAUGGAAUAUGAGAAGCAGAUGGAAACUUUAACAAAAAAAGGUGGACAAGGUCACAGUGAACUGGGAGAAAAUUUCACUGUCUCACAAGUGCAGAAAACUGCUGGGCAGUUACAGGCCCUUGAAAAUGCUGUGGAUAUAAAAGUGGAAAAUUUUAGCAUUUCUGCCAAAGGCAAUGACCUUUUUGUAAAUGCUACAUUACUUAUUGCCAAUGGGCGGCGAUAUGGUCUGGUGGGACCAAAUGGACAUGGAAAAACAACUUUGCUACGACAUAUUGCUUCUCGAGCUUUUCCAAUUCCACCAAGCAUUGAUAUUUUGUGCUGUGAGCAAGAAGUUGUUGCAGAUGAUUUAUCUGCUGUAGAGACGGUUUUGAAAGCUGACGUUAAGAGAACAGAACUCUUGGCAGAAUGCAAGAAGUUGGAAGCAGAACAAGAGAAAGGAAACUUAGAAGUGUCAUCAAGGUUGAAAGAGGUUUAUGAAGAAUUAAAAGCAAUUGGAGCUGACUCUGCAGAACCACGAGCUCGUCGUAUUCUUGCCGGUUUAGGAUUUUCUCGUGAGAUGCAAAAUCGAGCCACAAAGAAUUUUUCUGGUGGAUGGCGUAUGAGAGUCUCUCUUGCUCGUGCCCUCUUUGUGGAACCAACAUUACUGUUGCUGGAUGAACCUACGAAUCAUCUGGAUCUCAAUGCUGUAAUUUGGCUUGACAACUACUUACAAGGAUGGAAGAAAACUUUGUUGAUUGUAUCCCAUGACCAAAGUUUUCUUGACAAUGUUUGCAAUGAAGUAAUUCAUUUAGAUCAGCAGAAAUUGCAUUAUUACAAAGGGAAUUAUAGCAUGUUCAAGAAAAUGUAUGUUCAGAAACGUAAAGAAAUGAUUAAAGAAUAUGAGAAACAAGAAAAGAGAAUAAAGGAGUUAAAAGCCCACGGACAGUCUAAGAAGCAAGCAGAAAAAAAGCAGAAAGAGGUCUUGACAAGAAAACAAGAAAAGAAUAGAUCAAAAAUUGCUAAAAAUGAAGAAGACCAAGGUCCUCAGGAGCUCCUUCAAAAACCACGUGAUUACAUUGUUAAGUUUUCAUUUCCGGAUCCACCACCCCUGCAACCUCCCAUUCUGGGGCUUCAUAAUGUGACAUUUGCUUAUCCUGGACAAAAACCUUUGUUUAUAAAUUGUGAUUUUGGUAUCGAUUUAUCAUCUCGUGUGGCAAUUGUUGGACCAAAUGGUGUUGGAAAAUCUACAUUCCUUAAAUUGUUAACUGCUGAUUUACAACCUCAACAAGGAGAUGUGAGAAGGAAUUAUAGAUUGCGUAUAGGACGUUUUGACCAGCAUUCCGGAGAACAUCUUACUGCUGAAGAAAGCCCUGCUGAAUAUUUAAUGAGACUGUUUGAUUUGCCAUAUGAAAAAGCACGUAAACAGCUGGGGACUUUUGGAUUAGUCAGUCACGCUCAUACUAUCAAAAUGAAAGAUCUGUCUGGUGGCCAGAAAGCUCGAGUAGCCCUUGCUGAAUUGUGUCUCAAUGCUCCUGAUGUUGUAAUUCUUGAUGAACCUACUAAUAAUCUGGAUAUUGAAUCAAUAGAUGCACUUGCUGAUGCAAUUAACGAAUACAAUGGAGGUGUUAUAAUUGUUUCUCACGACGAACGACUCAUUCGAGAAACAAGUUGCACACUCUGGGUAAUAGAAGACCAGACUAUAAAUGAAGUGGAUGGUGAUUUUGACGAUUACAGAAAAGAACUCCUGGAUAGUCUUGGUGAAGUUAUAAAUAAUCCUAGUAUAGCAGCCAAUGCAGCAGUUAAGCAAUGAAUGUUUUUAUCUGAUGUUAAAGUAAAAUUUGUAAAUACAAUCUUUCUGUGAAAUUUUGAAAUUAUUGUUUUUUGAGUAUUUUGGUAAAUAUGUCUGGUAUUUGCAUCAUGGUAAUAUUUUUAUAUUGUAUGGAAAUGUUCUAAUUUUUAUCACGUUGUUGAAAAUUCAUUUCUUCUUGUACAUAAGGCUCUGGUGUAUGGCCUAAUGCUAUAGCUGUAUAUGAAAAGGUAAAUUUCCUUUACUUGUCAAAAUUAUUGUUUGAUAUCCAUUCUGUGUCUUCUGGAUCAAUCUCAGAAUUUUAUAACUAAUAAAUUAGUAUUUAUGCAAUGUGUAUUUUAGUUUUAUUAUUUCAUCCCCAUUCA